UUUAAGCAUAUGUUAUCCGGUUUCCUUUAUCCGGUUUACUGUAUUUAUGUAUCUUGGUUUACUUCGGUUAGUAGAUUGUAUAUAAACAACAUUUGUAUCACAUUUUACAAUCAAUGAGAAGAAAACCUUAUUUAGAUUGUUUCUCUAAUAUGGUAUCAGAGCGACUCCGUAACAAACUUUUGCCGGCGAUGAAAAUUUUCUUUCUCCGGUGACUUGUGCGGUGCGAUCUUCUCAUUCCGAUCAUUCUCCGAUCGGAUUCUUCUUCCGCAUUCGUUUCUCUUCUCUCUUUAUCUUUCAAUCGGUUCGUUGUUAUCUCAUUUCCAUGGCGAAGAAAGGAAUGAAAACGCGAGCUCGAUCUUCUUCUACGCCUCCGACUUCUCCGAGUACGUCUAAGCGAGCUCAAUCUCCGAUUUCUCGAGCUGUUAAUGACGAUCGAAGAACUGUUGGAAGCUAUGUGGCUCGUGAUUCAGCUGAAAGGAUCUCCUCUGGACUUGAAUCCUUCGAUAGCUCUCACAGUCCCUUUUUCUUGCAUUCUAGUGAUCAUCCAGGUUUAUCUCUUGUUACUCAUAAACUCGAUGGAUCUAAUUACAAUAGUUGGAGUAUUGCGAUGACGAUCGCUUUGGAAUCUAAGAAAAAAUGGAGUUUUAUUGAUGGAUCGUUGCCUAGGCCAGCUGAAUCUGAACCUGUAUACAAAAUCUGGAAUCGAUGUAAUAGUAUGGUGAAAUCUUGGCUUCUCAAUGUUGUUAAUCAAGAGAUUUAUGACAGUAUACUGUAUUUCAAUGAUGCGGCUGAAGUUUGGACUGAUUUGAUGAAGCGAUUUCACAUCAGUAAUUUGCCAAGAAAGUAUCAGUUGGAACAGGAUAUACUGACAUUGCGUCAAGGUUCUCUGGAUUUAUCAACUUACUAUACAAAGAUGAAGACAUUAUGGCAGAAGUUAGCCAGUACAAAAUCGCAAAAGAUAUGCAAAUGUAAUUGUGGAAAGGUUGAAGAAUUAUUGGAAGAUGCAGAAACUAGCAUAGUUAUACAAUUUCUUAUGGGGCUGAAUGAUUCCUAUGCUAAUAUACGAGGUCAAAUCAUCAACAAGAAGAACAGACCUAGUCUCAGUGAUAUAUACAACAUGUUGGAUCAAGAUCAGAGUCAAAGGAAUGUAACCUCUGCAACUAAAGGUUUUGUUGGUGCAUCACCUUCUCCUUCUGCAUUUCAAGUCUCUACUACUGGUUCUACUCAAGUUUAUGAAGGGAGCAUUAAUGCUGCUAGUUAUCCUCAGAGACCUCGCCAUCUUUGUACUUACUGUGGAGCUGUUGGUCAUCUUAAAGACAGGUGUUAUCGCCUUCAUGGAUAUCCACCUGGGUGGACAGGGAAGAAGAAGUCCUCUCCACCAUCACCACAGCCUCCUCAGUCUCAGGUAGUUGAUGUUCCUGCACCUUCCAUGCAGAAACCUACUCUCACUACCACUCCUAGUGCAAAUGUGGCAUCUUUGAGUCUUUCAAGUGCUCCUACUUCAGUCUGUAAAGGUUCAGAUCUCAUUGGUAAAGCUUUGAGUGCAAAUCAACUCCAAGAUAUCUUUUCUUACUGUAGUGGACAGCUUCACACUUCUAGUAUCACUCCUACUCUAGCAGUGUCUCAAGCCUCUACUUCUACUUCUGUACCAAGUAUCAAACCGAUAUCUGGAUCUUACUCAGGAAUUGAUGCUUGGCAAGGGUAGUGAAGUGUCCAAUCUUUACAUUCUUCAGUCUGAUACUAAGCAUGUCACUUUUGAAAUUCAAGGUAGCAUUGAUUCUUCUAUUUUACCAUCAUGUUCAUCUAUUUAUGUUGUUAAUGCAAAUCUCUGGCACUCUAGACUAGGACAUCCUUCUCAGUCUAGGAUUGAUGUACUUUCUGAUGUUUUAAAAAUUUCAAAAUCAAAUAAAAAGAAUAAGAAUCAUCUUUGUUACAUUUGCCCAUUAGCCAAACAAAAACAUUUACCUUUUAAUUCAAAUCAAAAUAUAUGUUCUUCUUCUUUUGAUUUGUUGCAUAUUGAUACUUGGGGUCCUUUCUCUGAAAUUACUCAUGAUGGUUAUAGAUAUUUUCUCACAAUUGUAGAUGAUCAUAGUAGGGCCACCUGGAUUUACUUGCUAAAGUCAAAGUCUGAUGUUUUACAUGUUUUCCCUGGUUUCUUGAAAUUAGUUGAAAAUCAGUAUAAUGUGAAAGUUAAGGCUGUUAGGUCUGACAAUGCUCCAGAAUUAAAAUUCACAGAUCUCUAUCUAGCUAAGGGAAUAAAAGCUUACCAUUCCUGUCCUGAAACCCCACAACAAAACUUUGUUGUGGAACGCAAACACCAACAUAUCCUGAAUGUAGCUAGAGCUUUAAUGUUUCAAUCUCAAAUUCCUUUAGCAUAUUGGGGGGAAUGUGUCAUGACUGCUGUCUUUCUAAUAAAUAGGUUACCAACUCCGGUUCUAGAUAACAAGACUCCUUAUCAGAUUCUUACCAAUACUGAACGUGAUUAUAGUCAACUUAGAACCUUUGGAUGCCUUUGUUAUGUUUCAACUUCUCCUAAGCAAAGAACAAAAUUUGAUCCUAGAGCUAAAGCUUGUGUUUUCAUAGGAUACCCUUCUGGCUUUAAAGGUUAUAGAGUUCUAGACUUAGAGAGUAAUGCCAUUUCAAUUUCUAGGCAUGUCACUUUUCAUGAGGAUUUUUUCCCGUUUGUGUCUUCUACAUUGACAGAAGGCACCCAGACUUUCUUUCCUCAUAUUCCUUCUCCUGCAAACCCUGAUGAUACAUCUUUGCAUUCUGCAAACUCAUCUCCAGAUACACCUCUUCCUAUUGAUGUGAUAUCUUCUGAGAAUUCUUUGCCUUUGGCAUUAAAUUCUCGACGACCUACCAAACUCCCAGCUCAUUUGCAGGAUUACUAUAUACAUAAUACUUCAUUUUCUACUCCUUAUCCUAUAUCUAACUAUAUCUCUUAUAAUAAACUUAGCAUUUCUUUCUGCUCUUUUAUUCAAAAUAUUUCACUUACUCUUGAACCCCGUAACUAUUCUGAGGCUAAGAAACUAAAAGAGUGGUGUGAUGCUAUUGGUGAGGAGUUGAAAGCUAUGGAACGGACUGGUACUUGGUUGGUUUGUCCUCUUCCAUCUGGUAAGAAGGCAAUAGGAUGCAAAUAUGUUUUUAAGAUUAAACAUAAUGCAGAUGGUUCCAUUGAGAGAUAUAAGGCUAGAUUAGUAGCUAAAGGCUACACUCAAGAGGAGGGAAUUGAUUUUGUGGACACUUUUUCACCAGUUGCUAAGAUGGCCACAGUGAAGAUUCUUUUAGCUUUUGCAGCAAAGUUGAAUUGGCAUCUUAAUCAACUGGAUGUAUCUAAUGCUUUCUUAAAUGGGGAGUUGGAUGAAGAAAUCUAUAUGGAGUUACCUCCUGGUUAUGAAGUUCCUGCUACAGAAUUCUGAAGACAAAUUGGUUUGUAAGCUACAAAAAUCCAUUUAUGGCUUGAAGCAAGCUUCUCGUCAAUGGUUUCUCAAAUUUUCAAGUACUCUUUGUGCAAUGGGAUUUCAGUCUACUCACAGUGAUCAUACUCUUUUCACACGGUUUGCUGAUGGUGUUUUUGUGAUUAUUUUGGUAUAUGUUGACGACAUCAUCAUUGCUAGCAGUUGUGACAGUGUGGUUCCUAUUCUCAUUUCUCAACUUGAACAGGCUUUUAAGCUCAGAAACAUUGGUGCUCCUCAAUAUUUUUUAGGCUUGGAAAUUGCCAGAUCCUCUAAAGGCAUUUCUAUUUGCCAAAGAAAAUAUGUAUUGGAGUUGUUGGUGGAUACAGGAUUUCUUGGAUGCAAGCCCUCUUCCAUUCCAAUGGAGCCUAAUCAUUCUCUACACAAAGAUGAUACUCCUCUGAUUCCGGAUCCAGAACAUUACAGGAAGUUGAUUGGUAAAUUGCUGUAUCUUUGUACAACACGACCUGACAUUUCAUUUGCUGUGGGGAAGCUCUGUCAAUUCUCUUCUGCUCCCAGAGAAGUUCAUCUCCAAGCAGUAUACAAAGUGUUGCGUUAUCUAAAGGGAAGUGUUGGCAAAGGUCUUUUCUAUUCUUCUGAUCCAGAUCUUACCUUAAAAGGUUUUACUGAUGCUGAUUGGAAUACCUGUCCAGAAUCAAGAAGAUCAGUUACAGGAUAUUGUAUGUACAUUGGUGAUUCUCUGGUUUCUUGGAAGUCUAAGAAGCAGGAUGUCUGUUCUAGUAGUUCUACAGAGUCAGAAUACAGAGCCAUGUAUGUUGGCACAAAGGAACUGAUUUGGAUCGCAAAGAUCAUGAAGGAUCUUGGUGUUAAAGAACCGAUCACUGCACUUCUUUAUUGUGAUAACAUGGCUGCUCUACACAUUGCCAAGAACUCAGUUUUUCACGAGAGAACCAAGCACAUAGAAAAUGAUUGUCACAUUGUGCGGGAUAAGGUGACGUCUGGUUUCAUCAAAACAAUGCAUGUGCGUUCAGAACAUCAACUUGCAGACGCAUUGACUAAGCCUUUGUAUCCUACACAGUUUCAUACUCUCAUUUCCAAGAUGGGACUUUUCAAUCUCUAUGAAGCUCCAUCUUGAGGGGGUGUUUUAGCAUAUGUAAUCCGGUUUCCUUUAUCCGGUUUACUGUAUUUAUGUAUCUUGGUUUACUUCGGUUAGUAGAUUGUAUAUAAACAACAUUUGUAUCACAUUUUACAAUCAAUGAGAAGAAAACCUUAUUUA